AUGUUUACGUCCCUCGUUCACGAUCGGGAAGAUCUCAGGCCAGUAGCCAAACUACACUACCUGAAGGCCAACGUAUCAGGUCCCCCACUUCAACUGAUCCGUCAUGCUGUAAUGAAUGAUGAUGGGUAUGAGCCAGCAUGUAAUCAGCUCAAGGCCAGGUACGAUGAUCCAGAACAACUCAUCUUUGCUCACAUCAAGGACCUGUUCAGUGCGACCACACCAUCAUCAAAGUCAGCUGAACAACUCGACAACCUGGUGGGAGUAGUACGGCAAAACUUGGAUGCCUUGAAGGCUCUCAAUGUACCUGUAGACGCUGCAAAUUAUUUUCUGGUGUACCUGGUGGCCAGUAAAUUGGAGCAACCGCUACGUGAGGCGUGGGAACUCGAGCGAAGUAGGUCUCGCUCACCGACAACUCUUGACCGCCUACUCUCAUUCAUAUCAACCAGGGCACGUGCAAUGGAGUCAGCGCAGGAAGCAGCUCGGCACGCAAAACGGUGGCCUACCCCAGUGGUCACCAGAAAAUCAAGAGCGCAACAGUCUACUCACCAGCAGACGACUCACCCACAGACAACUCAAGCCUCCAGGCAUGCGGCGCAAAAACGACACGCAGACUACCCGUGUGAUCAAUGCAGCAGCCUAGAUCACUACGUGGCUGACUGCAAAGCGUUCGCAGGACUCUUACAGCAAGAAAGGUAG